AUGGCCUCUCAGCCUCCUCCGGUCGCGGGGUCCGGCCACACCGCCGCCGCCCUGCCGCUCAUCGACAUCAAGCCCCUCCUCAAGAAGCUCUGGCCCGUUCCGGAGGCCGGCCUCAACGUCACCCCGGACGAGAUCGCCGAGGCCAUCUCCCACUUCUUCACCCACCAGGUCUCCGACGCCCAGGCCGCCUCCCUCCUCAUCGCCCUGCACUUCACCAAUCUCGACCGCCGCGCCGACGUCAUGGCCCGCUCCGCCUACGUCAUGCGCCGCGCCGCCGCCGCCGUCGACCUUGACGACCUCGCCGCCGUCAUCCGCCGCAAGGGCCUCGCCGCAGGCGCCUACGCCGGCGGCCUCUGCGACAUCGUCGGCACCGGCGGCGACGCCCACAACACCUUCAACAUCAGCACCACCGCCAGCAUCCUCGCCUCCGCCCUGCUCCUCGUCGCCAAGCACGGCAACCGCGCCAGCACCUCAAAGUCCGGCUCCGCCGACCUCGUCAACAACAUGCGGCCCCGCCCCCCCGUCCUCACCGCCGUCUCCCCCGCCACCGUCUCCGCCGUCUACUCGGCCACCAACUACGCCUUCCUCUUCGCCCCCGUCUUCCACCCGGGCAUGCGCUACGUCGCCCCCAUCCGCAAGGAGCUGCCCUGGCGCACAAUCUUCAACCUCCUCGGCCCCCUCGCCAACCCCGUCGAGGACAUCCUCGAGGCCCGCGUCAUCGGCGUCGCCCGCAAGGAGCUCGGCCCCGUCUUCCUCGAGGCCCUCCGCAUCGGCGGGUCCCGGAAGGCCAUGAUUGUCUGCGGCGAGGAGGAGCUGGACGAGGUCAGCUGCGCGGGGCCCACCCUGGUCUGGAGGCUGACCGAGACGCCCGACGGCAGCAUCGCGACGGACCACUUCCGCGUGCAGCCCAGCGACUUUGGCCUGGGGACCCACCCCCUCGACACCGUCUCGCCGGGCAAGGAGCCCGCCGAGAACGCCGAGAUCCUGCGGGGUAUACUCGAGGGCGAGAUGGCCGACGACGACCCCAUCCUUGAGUUCGUGCUCAUGAACGCCGCGACCCUGUUCGUGGCCUCGGGCAUCUGCGAGGCCGAGUCUAGCAGCAUGGGCCCCGGCGACGACGGCCAGGUCAUCACCGAGAGGGGACCUGGCGGAGGACGAUGGAAGGAGGGAGUGCGGAGAGCGCGCUGGGCCAUCAAGAGCGGCGAGGCUUGGAGGCAGUGGAGCGCAUUCGUCGACGUCACGAACGGAUUCAACGAGUAA